ACCGCUGCUUGAUAAAUUAUUUUGACUUGAUAUUUAACGAAACACUGAUUUCGUUAUGAAUUCAUAUUAAUUUUAAUUAAUUUAUUAUAUUUAUGAAUUAAACAAUAAGUGUUUAUUAUAAAUUUAACUUAAAAUGGCGGAAACCGGCGAGGAGUUGCAGGAAUUAAGGCAGAAAAACACAGUAUCAAAUAACGGCGGCCAAGAGACUGUACAUGUAUCAACUCGAGAGUACGAUAAGGAACAACAUGAAAAACCCUGGCAGCGGGUACCAAGCACAAUAAUUAUAGUAUUACUGGGCUUAUACUUCCUUCUCGGAUAUAUGACGCAACUAGUUGAAGAUAAUAUGCCUACUCCAUACCAAGAUAUAGAUAUUGCAAGAGACAGUCCAGACCAGUUCAGCGAGGAAUCCGCUUGGAGGUACCUGCGUUUGAUAAUGGGUGACGAGCCCAGGGUUGCGGGGACGGCAUACCAUCUUCAGAAGACCAGGGACGUGAAGAGCAUGGUGGACGACAUAGCUCGGCAGACCAGGAUACCAGUUAGAACGGACUGGCAGUAUGCGACAGGCAGUUACCUGAUGAAUACAUCUACUCCUUUCUUAAAUUACUAUCACAAUCUGUCCAACAUCGUAGCAGUGUUAGAGGGAGACAGCGGAUUCAAUGCCGAUGGUUCCACUCGCUCGUCGAUACUGGUCAACUGCCACUAUGAUUCUGUGCCAUAUUCAUUAGGUGCAUCGGAUAAUGUGGUAUUUUGUGCGGUAAUGGCUGAAACACUGGCGAAGAUGGCGCGCCGGUCGCAGCGGUACAAACACAAUGUUAUUUUCCUGUUUAACGGCGCGGAAGAAAACCCCUUACAGGCGAGUCACGGCUUCCUGCAGCAUCCGUGGUCGCGCGGCGCCACCGUGGUCGUCAACUUGGACGCGGCCGGCAUGAACGGGAAGCCGGCAGUCUUUCAGGUGACGGACGAGCGCGUGCUGAGUGCGUUCAAGCGCCGUGCUCGUCGUCCCAACGCGCAAGCAUUCGGGGAAUUCCUGUUCCAGUCGGGGGCCAUCCCCUCCGACACUGACUUCCGGAUAUGGAGGGACUUCGCCAACAUUACUGGUAUCGACAUAGCGUACUCCAAGGGUGGCCACGUGUACCACACCCGGUAUGAUGCACCGGAUCUCCUCCGCGAGGGUGUGGUGCAGUGCGCUGGUGAUAUGCUACUCCCGUUCCUAACAGAGCUGGCUGACCUGCAGGACCUCGACACUAAGGUGGAGUCGUCUACUUCAGUGUACUAUGAUUACCUGAACACGUCCGUGAUAUCGUACUCCCGGACAAUCGCAGCAGUUGUCGACUCACUGAUUUCACUACUGGCAAUACUCUCCGUACUCUAUUAUUUAUGGCUGGUCGGAUUCCAAUGGCCGAUGAUAAGAGAGCUGUUGUUGGCGGUGGUGGGUCGCGUGGCGUCGCUGCUGGCUGGCCUGCUGACGGUCACCAUCUUCGUGCCUCUGAUGGUCGCCACCACUGUGCAGAUGAGGUACCUGACGCAGCCGUGGCUGGUGGUGCCUCUGUACUGGAUGCCGUUCAUCAUUCCGGCCGUGGUUGUCUCGCACAUGUACGACGCCUGGAGGAGCAGGAAGAGAGCGAUAAAUCGGUCGAUUCGAGCGCUGCAAGCGAUGGCAGCUAGCCGCUUGAUCCUGGCAGUGGUGCUGGUAGUACUGACCUGCAUACCAUCGGUGGCCAACGUGCGGUACGCCGUCUCCUUCCCACUCAUGCUGAUGUCGUUCGCAUCCAUCGUCUCUCUCACCAUCAUCAGAUACUUCCGGAUGAAAGCAUGGCGUCACCUGAUCAUGGAGGCAACUCUAUCCGUGCCUACAGCGAUGUUCUCCUUCUCCCUGGCUCUGCGACUCAACGCCAUGCUGCUGCCCGUCAUGGGCAGAGCGGGCCUUGAUUCACCCGACUACCUGGUGGCAGCAGUCAACGUAGCGCUAGCAGCACUCACCUGUUCCAUAGUGGCCGGAAUCGAACUGCUGUUCUCGCAUAGGCGUCUGUGGUUGACGGCAGGUUUUCUAUCUGUGAUCUGCAUAGUGUUGAUGUUCAUACCAUUCAGCCCGUAUAACGACGAAGGUCCCUCCACGCAGAGGCACUACUGGUUUCACACAGAAAUUAAAAGCCAUGACAUAAAUGGUGUCGUGACAGAAACCACCACUGGAGUGCUGGUCACCAAGCACGAUCCCUACAGCACCCAGCGCGUGCUGCCGGCGCUCAGCAACCACGGCAUCAAUCUACACUCGCGGACCGACUUCACUGAAGACUGCGAGACCUAUCUGUUCUGCAAUCUGCCAUUGUAUCGGGUCUCGUUUGGACAAUAUCUGAAGGACGGUCUGUUCCUGUACACAUCUGGUCCGGCCCCGUUCUCCCCCACUGCGGGUAUUGUCCGCAGGGGACGCUCCUGCAUCGGGGAGACCUGCACGCUGGAACUUGUCAUGACAGCCGCGCCCCACAAUAUGGUGACCGUGUGGCCCCAUGUUGGUGUCCAGCUGAAGUCCUGGACCCUGUCUCCGCAGCUGCCACCUGCUGUCCAGCACGCCGGCAGACCAUACUACGUAAUGGUGCACUCGGAAGCCACCUACAAGGGCACCCUCGAUCAGCUCUCCUUCAAUCUCACACUCAUUGUGCCGUUAUCGCAACAGAACCAACCAUUAGUAGAUGUAUCUCACCACGCCCACAAAAUACAACAUCCUGAAGACUACACCGCUCAGUUCGAGAUGAUCCUCGAAGCUAUGCCCAAGUAUUUUAAUUUCGCAAACUUUAUGACGUUUAGAAAUAACUAUAUAUUUUAAUGUAUAUGUAAGAAUAGGUACGUUUUUUAUGACGCCUUGCAGCUAGGUAGAGCUAUAUACGUAGGGUUGCGGAUAAUAACUGAAAGAGAGGAGUUGAAGAUCGGGCCCAGUUCUGUUCCUUGGGGAAGACCUAUGUCCAGCAGUGGACUGAUGUUGAAUGAUAUGAAUUAGAUGUUGUUUUGCGCAACAUUUUAUUAAUGGAUUUGUAUAAUUUUAUUUAAUUUCGAUACUAUUAGCAUGUGUGAGACCUGUCCGUGCGGAAUCCUGACCACCGCUACUGGACGCGUUAUAUUAUAUAGACUAUAAUCUCUAAAAUGUCAUUUGUUAACAAUUCUCACGUGUAAGACAUUGGUUAGCAACUGAAACUGUCAAAUACAUAAGCGCUAAACUGUCAAAUAACAAAUCCUGUUUGAAUUAAAAGUGAAUUGUUAACAAGAGGAUACACAAUUCAGAUGAGUUCUUAAGGCGUCGACACGAACGUACCUUACGUAUACAAAUUAUAGCUACUUAUCAUCACAAAAUUGUAUGUCAAAAUGUUAUUUUUGACGAGGAUCCCGAGAAUAAAAUUCUCAGUAUCGUAAUCAUGAGACUAAAAAUAAAUAUUUUGACGACCUUUUAAAGUAACAAGUUUAUUUUAUAUUUUUGUUUUUGGUUCGGUGUUUCCCUUUAUAGGGAAAGGCAAAAGGACUCAGCCCAUACAGCCCGUUUAUUUUGUAUAAUUUGAUGUUUGUUUUGUAUUAAAUAAAAGAAGUGCUAUGUACCUAUAUUUUUACUGAUAAGACUACCUACUGAAUUAUUAACAUUAUACCUAACAGUUAAGUCUGAUGGUUAAAAUCACGUUUUAGUGUAUUACCGUACAGAACUUUGUAAUAUUCUUUGUAUUAAUAUAGAAAGGUAGAGAAAGAAAGAAGGGAGGUAGGAUGUUUAAAAUUCAUCAAUGUUUAGUAAAAUACAAUAAAAUAAAAAAAAACCUAAAAGUGAAACAUCACUAAUACCAAAACCAAACAGUAAUCCCAGUGUAGGUAGCUCACCACCUGCUAUGUUGAAUACAAACAUAAUAAUAAUAAUAACUCUGUAUUGUACACAGAUAAAAAAUUACAAUAAAAGUAAAAAAAUAUAUACCCCAGAAAGAUGUCGACAUGUCAUAUGUAGGCGUCAUUAUGUGUAUAAUUGACAAUACCUCUGAUUACCCCAUUUCGUGAUAUCACAUUUAUUAUCACUUCAUCAUCAUUGGAACCCGUGUUUCUUAUUAUCAAUUCAAGAUAAGAUUGCAUUCGUAAAGGAUGAUAAAUUAAAAAAAAUAUGUGACUAUGUACUUAAUAAUAUGUAAUAACCACAGGACAGUUCACACAGCGCCAUCUAGACCCAAGUUAAGCUAGCUAAAGCUUGUGUUACUCAUAACACAACUAGACAACUGAUAUAAAUACAUAAAUACAUUUGAUUUUUAUAAAUAAUAUACAUACAAAACGCCCAUACAAUCAAUCAUACUCAUGAAUACAAAUGAAUGUACUGUGCAGGGAAUCAAACUCGCGAUCGUUGAAGUAAGGCGAUGUGGUAGAUAAUUAUCUUAAUAGGUUUUGUAUUAUUAUUGUCUGUAACACAAAUGUACCUAUUAAAAUUUUAUACCUCUCAGUACAUUCUUCAUUAGAAAGAGACAAAUAUAAUGAAGAUUCGUUCGUUCGUUCAUAUUUUAAUUUUUUAUGAGGCUGCUAAACUUUAUUUAACAAAUAAUAAUAGUAUUUAUUCUAUUUACUUAACGUAUUUUUGAUUAUAUAAUAUUUACAUUAAUAAUUUAAUAACAUUAAGAAUUAGUCAUAUAAUUAAUUUAUUAAAACAUUAUUUGGUCCAUUUUAAAAUAGUAUUAUGUAAGUACUUACCGUAUUUUUUAUUAUAUUUAAUAUCGGACGUCAUUAAUUUAUGAACAUUAUGAAUUAGAAAUAUGAUUUAUUUAAAAAAAAAAUUUAAUCCAUUAAUUAUGGAGCGUCCAUUAGGAAUAAUAAAUUAUUUAAUAUUAAUUACACUAAGUUAAUGAUUAUUUGAUAAUGUAAUAUUCUAUACGACAUCAUUUAACAUGGGUAAAGUGGGAGUUACACUAUCAAUUUUUUUUAUAUCAGGAUCUUCUAGAACUAUCAGCAUGUAAUAAAAUACAGAUAUCAAAUAUGUGAUGAUUUUUUUAUAUAUUUAAUUCCCAUUAUUAUUUGAUAAUGUAACAUAUAUUACAACAUCAUUUAACAUGGGUAAAGUGGGAGUUACAUUAUUAUUUUUUUUAUAACAGGAUCUUCUAGAAAUAUCAGCAUGUAAUAUCAAAUGUGUAAUUAUUUA